AUGGUGUCGGCCAGGUUACCUUUCAUGCAAAUCCGGCAGGUAGGAUAUGCACGACAGUGUUACAUAACUGGCCAAAUAGUCAAUGUCCCUAUAAAUAUAGAUACUUCGACCAAAUUAUUGCCUAGAAAUGUAGAGGAGACACAAACUAUUCAGGUUAAGCUCAAGAGAAAAAUGAACUAUAAAAAUGAUUAUCUCCUGGAAACCAUACGGCCCGCAGUUGUUUUAAAAGCAGCAAGAUUUUUGUGUCAACAACCUCUUUACAUACAAGAAGGUAUAAAGCAAUCAGAUGAUUGGGAAAAAAAUAUUAAUGACUAUAUACGAUCUCAAGUAGAAUCCUCUACACAGAUCUUAAAUGAAGGCUCAAAAGUGGUGGACGUGAAUUCUAAAACAGUGUGUAGUGAAAACUUUGAAGAAUUGUUCGAUAAUGCGUUUUUCGAAACAAUGGAAGUGCCCCUAGAAUCUAAGAAUGACGAUAAAAAUAUUCAAGCAGAAUCUUCAAUUGAACAAAAUAACAUAUACAAUUUAGAUGAAUUCUUAGAUGAAGAAGAAGAGCCCUUAAAUCCUGGAGGCCAAGAAACUUUGCUUGACAAAUGUAACUUAGAAAAUAUCUGUUUUGCCCCAGGAGAAGGUAAAACGCCAAUACAUUUGAUGCUGGACCAGUUUAGCGAUGAACUCUCAUUUCCUACACUUUUCUGUGGACAUGCUAAGCAAUUUCUUACAAAAUUCUCCUAUUCUGACCAGACGAAAAUACUACUCCAGCACAAAGACAGGCGAUUUGCAAGGACAGACUAUCUGUUGUAUACCUUUAAAAAACGUCAACUAAUCCAAUUAUCCAGUGCAAUUGCAACAUGUCUCAGAAAAAAGAGGAAUGAGGAUGGAAAAUAUACAGCUGGACAAGUAAGGCAAGCAAAUUUUCUAGACCAGCUGAUUCGAAGUGACAUGGGAUUCCAUUUUCUUAGUAGAAUUGCAGGUUCACCUGCUUAUUGGAAACACGAAAAGACAAAAUUACUGUGCAUGAUUCGUCAAUUUGGAAUCCCUACACUGUUCUUUACAGUUUCAGCAGCCGAAACAGCAUGGCCCGAAUUAAUCAAGGUAUUAGCACAAGUUGUUGAUCAAAAAGAUGUUACUUUAGAGGAGGCCGCGAGUAUGCCCUACUUAGAAAAAACUCGCUUAAUUAGAACAGAUCCGAUAACUUGUGCCAGAUACUUUGAUUAUCGGUUCAAACUGCUAUUUAAGCAUAUGAAGAGUCAAAAUGGACCCUUUAAACAAAAUCCCAUAGAGCAUCAUUAUUACCGCAUAGAAUUUCAACAUCGUGGGUCUCCUCAUGUUCACGGGUUAUUGUGGUUAUCCAAUGCUCCAAAAUUCCAAGAAACACCAGAAAGUUUUAAAGAGUGUGCCGAAUUCGCGAACAGGUAUAUUACCUGUAAUAGUGAUUUAGAAAGUGUCCGUGAUAUAAUUCAGUUUAAUACGCAUCAUCAUUCUAAAUCGUGUCAAAAAGAAGUGCGGGGACACAAAGUUUGCAGAUAUAGUAUCCCAUACCUUCCAAUGGAUAAAUCGGUAAUUCUAACGCCAAUAAAAAUUGACAAAACCAAGGAAGCGGAUUUACGUAAGGCCAUGUCUGAAAAGUUUUUGAUGAUAAUGCGUAGGCUUAAAGAUAAACCAGAUUUGUCAUUCGAAAACUUUUUGGCUGACCUUGAAAGGCAGCCAAAAGAUGGAUUCAUUAAUAAUUUCAAUGCAGAGAUGUUCUCCAUGAUGAAGAGUAAUAUGGACAUUCAAUUAGUUUUUGAGCCAUAUGGUUGUUGCACCUACAUAGUCAACUAUAUCAAUAAGUCUCAAAGAGAUGUUAAGGGCAAACUUAAAUCUCUUGCAGCAGCUUUCUUAAAUGCGAGCGAAGUUAGUGCCCAAGAAGCCGCCUACAGCGUGUUACAACUACCGAUGCAUGAUACCUGUACCUCCUAUGUAUACAUCCAUACAAAUCCAAUCAAGGAAAGGACAAAAAUGUUGAAACCAUUAACAGAACUUAAAGCCAUGGACAAUGAUGAUCCCAAUAUUUAUUGUGAUGGGCUUAUAGAACAUUAUGAGCAAAGGCCCAAUGAGAUGGAAAACAUAUGUUUGGCAGAGUUUGCGGCCUACUAUGAUUUCUUUAAGAAACAAGCAGAAACAAAAGCUAAUGGUUUACCCUUAAAAGAUGGAAGUGGCGUUUUAGUUAAAAGGGGUCAUGCUAAAAUUUUAGCCUACCGUAGUUAUGGACUUCAGCAAGACCCUCUCAACUAUUAUAGGGAACAAAUAAUGUUAUACAUCCCAUGGAGAAAUGAAGUGGAUGAAGUUGAAAAUGAGAACAUUGAUCAACAGACCAUAUACAAAGAUCGAUACCAAGAAAUUGUUACAAAUCGACAAAAGUUCAAUGUCUUAGAUGAACAGGUAAUCGAUGAAGCACUGAAACUUGCCGAAGACCGAUCAAAUCAAUUAGACGAUGGUGGAUUCGGUGGAGAAAUCGAUGAUGAGUUUAUGCCUUAUGGACUAGACAACCCCAUUUAUGAUCCAUUCAAUCAUAUCAUCGAUAAGAAAGACGACGAAGCGCCAGUAAAACAUAUCGCUUUCCCAACGCCUCAUCAGAUAAGCGAUUCAGAGUAUGAAGCCCUCAUAAGCAAACUGAAUCACAAGCAGUAUCAGUUCCUUAAUGUCGUGCAAGACAGUCUAAUUGAAGGGGAAGCUUUCUACUGCACACUUAGUGGUCCAGCAGGUACAGGCAAAAGUCACCUGAUUACGGCAAUAACUCAGUCGUUAUUACGCCAUUUCAAUUCAAUACCAGGUAAUAAUCCCGAAAGUUUAAAAGUUUUACUUUGUGCGCCUACAGGUAAAGCGGCAUUUAAUAUCGGAGGUAUAACCUUACAUGCGGCAUUAUCGUUACCCGUCAGUCAGUAUGGUGAACAACUAAUUCCGUUACACCAUGACACUUUAAAUACUAUUUAUUGUAAUUUAUGUGACUUAAAACUAAUUAUUAUAGAUGAAUAUUCCAUGGUUGGUGCCAGAUUGUUUGACCAUAUUAAUAGUAGAUUGCAGCAAAUCUUUAAAUCUGACGCCAUCUUUGGAAAUAUUUCAAUAAUUUUAUGCGGCGAUAAUCGUCAAUUACCCCCAGUAAGGGAUAUGUAUAUUUUUUGCCCAGUAAAAACAAAUCCGUAUAAAGAAUUAUGUGGAACUUAUUUGUGGGAUCAUUUUAGGUAUUUUGAGCUUACAGAAAUAAUGAGGCAAAAAGAAGACAAGUCUUUUGCAGUUGCCCUAAACAAUAUGGCGUUUGGUAAAAUGACCGAUGAAGAUGUGCAAUUGAUCAAGUCCAGGGAAGUUGACAAUAUUGAUCUAAUUCCUGAAGACACCAUGCAUUUAUUUGCCACCAAUGCAGAAGUAGAUGCAUUCAAUGAAAUGAAACUUUCUACAUUUCAGACCGAGCGAGCAAUAAGUCAAGCCAGAGACGUAGAUGCUAAAUACAUGAUUUCAAUGAAUAUAGAUACCAGUGAUGGGAUAGUCAAUGGUGCUACAGGUAUCCUGCGUCAAAUAGACUAUGACCAAAAUAAAGUUCCAUACAGAGUGUGGAUGGAGUUCUUUGAUUCCAAGUCAGGCAAGGAAUGCCGAAAGAGAAACGAGUCCCUUAGGAAGUCUAUGUAUUUAUCACCCACUUGGACACCCAUAGAAAGAGCUGCAAGAGCUGUUAAAAUUCAAAAAGGCAGCAAUGUUCACGUUGAGCGUCUUCAGUUUCCUCUUUUAAUCAGUGAAGGAAUUACAAUCCACAAAAGUCAAGGUGCCACCUAUGAACAAGUAGCUGUUCACAUUGGUAAUGGAAUGACGAGAACCAGUACCUAUGUGGCAUGCAGUCGGGCUACAAAGCUAAGUGGCCUCUACAUAAUUGAUGAUCAAAUAUUCAGAGUAAAAAGUGUUGUUAGGCAUCAUGGAAACACCAUUGGAUCUGGUCAUUAUACAUCUAUAGUUAAUUAUAACGAUCAGUGGUGGAAGUGUGAUGAUAAUCGCAUAAGUAGAAUAUCUAGUUUUGAUAACAGUUUAGAAGAUGUAUAUUUAAUACUCUUAGAAAAAUGUUAA